UACGAGGUUCGAGAUUGGUGGGGUCAGGAUUUACGCGCUUACCAGAUGGCAUGGAUGUGCUUAAGGGGUAUAUUGAGGACUAUGUCAUAAGUCUUCGGGUGUGCGAAGUUUAUUUACUCAUACUCAGACAAAUCUUGAUUUUUAUGAAUGAGAAAUUAUUGUCUGAUCUAAAACCAGUAGGGAUGAACAACUUCAAUUUAAAAUGCCAGCAAUCCAAGACAUAGUCUGAUUAAUCAAGUGACAACCAAAACCAGAGGUUUCUGAUUACCAUAUAAGAUGGGUCUCUGCUUCUCCGGUGUUCCAUCACUUCAUUCCUCUUCACUCAACCGCCCUCACUAUCCAGGUUCAUCAGACAUUCACGGCAGCAACGUCGAGUUCUCCGGAACCACCACAACCACCACGGUCACAAAGAGUAGGUUUUCCGUGAGAGAAGGCAUAGACAGCGAAUGCUCUCCUCUUCCUUUUCCCGGUGGCCAAAUUCUGAAAUGGCCUGAGUUGAAGGUGUUCAGUUUUGAGGAGCUAAAAUCUGCCACAGGGAAUUUUAAAUCCGACAGAUUGGUUGGUGGGUUCGGCAGACUUUACAAGGGAUGGUUGGAUGAGAACACCCUCACCCCCGCCAAACCAUGCUUUGGAGUUGAAGUUGCCAUCAAAAUGUUCAACCCGGAAAGUUCUCAAGGGUUUUCAGAGUGGCAGUCUGAGAUAAACGUUUUAGGAAGGCUUUCUCACCCCAACGUGGUCAGGUUAUUGGGGUACUGUUGGGACGAAGAUCAGUUUCUUCUUGUGUAUGAGUACAUGCCAAAGAGAAGCUUCGAGCGUCAUCUCUUCGAAAGAAAUCAUGAACCACUUACGUGGAACACCCGGCUUAAAAUAGUUAUCGGUGCAGCUCGGGGAUUAGCUUUCUUGCAUGCCAACGAAAAUAAGGCCAUAUUCAGAGAUUUCAAGACCUCAAAUGUACUGCUCGACGGGAAUUACAAUGCAAAAAUAGCAGACUUUGGGUUGGCUAAAGGGCUUCCUGGGGAACAAUCACUUGUAAAUACCCUGGGCAUCUAUGGUAAUGCUGCACCAGAAUAUCUCGCAACAGGGAAGUUGUAUACGAAGAGUGAUGUGUAUGGAUUUGGUGUGGUGCUUCUUGAAAUACUGACAGGCAUGAGAGCAUUUGACAGAAGAAGGCCAUCAGGGCAGCAGGACCUGGUUGAAUGGACCAAGCCCUGUCUCUCUUCCAAAAAAAAGUUGAAAACAAUUAUGGAUGGUAAGAUACAGGGUCAAUAUUCACCCAAAGCUGCAUUACAAGCAGCACAACUUGCUCGAAAAUGCCUAAAGGUUGACCAUACUCAACGUCCUUCAAUGAAAGAAGUUCUUGAAGGAUUGGAAGCUAUUGAAGAUGUCCAUGGAAGAUACCCAACUCAUACUCAAUUACGUUUUCUAUAUGUUUGAUUGAAUGAUUGUGUUAAUGACUUGUAUGUAUGACUGAAACCUGUGAACUGUUUGGUUUCUGCUGAAAUUGUGUUC